AAGGCAAAAUUAAGUGGAACCACGACGAUGUCAUGACGAUAUGUACUGGAUUAAUUUAUAGGGUACUACAUAAACAUUUGCGUGCGCACACUGCAGACAAUUCGCUCAAAUAGAAAAUUUGAAUUCAGUCGUCUGAAUAUGUUUCAAUGAAUGAGAGGUUGAUUUUAUCGACGCUAUGAUUAUCAUAGAACUGAAAAGACUGUUAAUUCUAUUGUACUUAAUAUGCAACGCGUAUGGAUGGAUGUGGACAUGCAAAAACAACACGAACUGUGUGCGAACCAAAGAGCAGACUACGUCCACGUACCCAUCAAUAGACACGUGCAAAUUAGUCUGCGGUGAUUACAGGUCGUUAUGGCCUCGUCCAAAUGGCCACGUUCGACUGGCUUACGAUUUAGAAUUAGUUAAUUAUAGUGAUUUGGAAUUCGUGCUUGCUGGUUCUGGGAAAGCACAGUCGUACUUGCAAAAACUAACAGAGUAUUUCCGCGAUCUCAUAAAUCUGAACAAGGUCAAGUGCAGUGAUCAGUACAAACAGCUCAGAAUUGUACUAGCACCUGUUUCAUUUGAUACCACCUUAAAUUUAGAGACUGCCGAAUCAUAUACUUUAAAAAUCCAAACGACAGGUAAUAUAGUAGAAGUAAACAUCCAAGGUCCAACUGUGUUUGGAGUGCGCCACGGCUUAGAAACUUUCUCCCAACUCAUCACAACUUUCAGCAACGGAGACGACAAUGUUUGUUUAGUUACAUUAAAGGAUGGAGAAAUCAAGGACGAACCUGUUUAUCCCCAUCGUGGUCUACUUAUAGACACAGCCAGGAACUACCAGACUGUCGACACAAUUAAAAGACACAUCGACGCAAUGGCGGCCUCCAAGUUGAACGUCCUCCACUGGCACAUCACCGACUCUCAAAGUUUCCCUUUGGUGUCUUCACGAAUGCCCAACAUGACCAAGUACGGAGCUUAUUCCAACGAACAAGUGUACAGCCAAGAGGCGGUUGAAGAUUUAAUGCAGUACGCCUUAAUAAGAGGAGUGAGAGUAGUACUGGAACUGGAUGCGCCAGCUCAUAUUGGAAGUGGAUGGCAGUGGGGACCCGAAGCUGGACUAGGAAAUUUAGGAGUCUGCAUCUUUCAGCAGCCUUGGAGAUCCUACUGUAUCCAGCCUCCGUGUGGCCAACUCAACCCGACUAAUCCGAAUGUUUAUUCGGUCUUGCAGGAGUUAUACAAGGAUUUCAUUGAAUUAAACCCAACCGCCGAUUUUUUCCACAUGGGAGGGGAUGAACUAUUUAUUCCAUGUUGGAAUGCCUCUAAAGAAAUAACCAAGUCAAUGCCAGGUAGGACUGAAAAAGAUUUCUUGGAUCUGUGGGCUUAUUUUCAAAAAAGGGCAUUAAAUAAUUAUGACAUUGCCAAAGGCAAUAAUAAGACAAAUGUGAUUGUUUGGACUAGUCAUUUAACCAAUCCGGCUUAUAUAAAAAAAUAUUUGCCACACGAGAGAUAUGUGAUUCAAACUUGGGUGCCAUCAGAUGACAAUUUGCCAAAACAACUCCUCAAUCUGGGCUACAGGUUAAUCAUUUCCACCAAAAACAAAUGGUAUUUAGACCAUGGUUUCUGGGGGAACACCAAUUAUUACAAUUGGAGAUCCGUAUACAACAACAGGAUUUUAAAGGAGAAAGGUGUUUUAGGAGGAGAAGUUUGUAUGUGGGGUGAAUUGGUUGACACCCAUAACGUUUUAACUCGUACCUGGCCCAGAGCAGCAGCUGCAGGUGAAAGGCUGUGGGCAAAUCCUGACGACACUUCGUUACAAGCCGAAAAUCGAUUUUUCACACAUAGAGAUAGACUAUUAUUCAGAAAAAUUAACGCUGAAGCAGUUGUGCCUCGAUGGUGUUCUCAAAACGAAGGCGAAUGCUCAACGUACUUAAGUUACUAUAAUUAAAUUAUAAUUAUGUUUAUUUUUAUUAAAAAAUAAAAGUUG